GCGAGCAGCAUCUGGACUCUGAGAACUUCCAACAAUGGUGUGAGGCGCAGUGCCAGCAGCCGCGGAUAUGGUGCCUCGCCGAGUUCCCGUACGUGGCGAUAGUGGAGAUCACUGCAGCCACGUGCGAGGGAGCCUGGACCCGAGCGGCGCCGAG